AUGCUGCUUCGAACAAGCCUGAGGGCUCGCCUACUACGGCCUGCUGGCUUUCGCGUUGUGCGCUUCAAGUCUUCAGCACCGCUUAUUCGUAUCGACAAUGGUACCUUCUACAAGCAAUACCCGACCGAAGACAAUGCCGCGACCAACCUCCCUCUGUACCCGAACCUGAACUUCACUCUGCCCUCCGACGUGGUAACCUCUCCGCAGAAUGAAACCUCCCUGCAGCAUUGGGCCGUCAUUGGACCUUCCGGGCGAACGGAUCUACUCGACAUUUUCCGUGGCCAGCACAUCUCAAUUCCUCCCACCGCCCGAUCAUAUCCCUACCUCCUCUCCGAUGAAAUUGCUGCGAAGGACCCCAAGCUGCGCAUUAUUGGGAAUGCGAUUCAAUACAUUGGGUUCAGCGGUGAAGGCUCCGGUGCCAUUGGAGGCACUCGCGGCGCAUAUCUGAGUGCGCGCUAUGAGAGUCUUCGCGAGGAGACCGAUUGGACGGUGGAGCAGUUCCUACGGGGACAGACAUCGUUGAAUCCCCCAGAGGGAGAAGAAAAUGGCACCUUGAAGGAUGAGCAGUUGCUGCAGGAAGUCGUCACUGAUCUGCACCUCGAAUCGCUGCUUAACAUGCCAGUCGCAAAUCUGAGUAACGGACAAACGAGACGGGCACGUAUUGCCAAGGCCCUGCUGGAGAAGCCGGAACUGUUGCUCCUAGAUGAGCCAUUCAUGGGAUUGGACCCGGCCACUGCCCGAAGUAUCUCAAACCUGCUUCACCGACUGGCAGAGAAACAAUCACCCCGGCUGGUGCUAGCACUUCGCCCUCAGGAUCGCGUGCCAGACUGGAUUUCCCAUAUAAUCAUGGUGGGCAAUAAUCACCAGGUCCUUCAACAAGGGACAAAGUCGGACAUUCAUGCGACUCUUGAAGCUUGGCAGACGAUGCCCGUAAAAGGAUACAGAAUUCCCAAGGACACUGAAAAAAGAGACAAAUUACUUGAAUUCCGCGCCCACAUGGAAUCUGGGAAUCUCGACGAGCAAUUACUCCAGGACUUUGCGUUGAACCAGACCAAAAAGUCUUCCAAACAAGGCGCAACAUUUUUGGGCGGAGAGGCUCUCAUUGAAUUGGAUGGGGUUCGUGUCCAGUACGGCGACAAGGUCGUGCUGGGUGACUGGAAACAGAAAGUGGACGACGAGAUCAAGGAUGGCCUUCACUGGCGGGUGCGCCGAGGGCAACGUUGGGCAAUUCUUGGUGCCAACGGUUCCGGGAAGACGACGCUGCUGUCCUUGAUCACGUCGGACCAUCCACAAGCAUACUCACAGCCUAUUAAAAUGUUCGGUCGCUCUCGUCUUCCCGAGGCGGGCAAGCCCGGAAUCUCCAUUUUUGAACUUCAGUCUCGCAUGGGUCAUUCAUCACCUGAGAUUCAUGCCUUCUUCCCGCGCCAGUUGACAAUCCGCCAGGCUCUGGAGUCGGCCUUUGCGGAGACUUUCCUGUCAAAGCCCAAUUUGGAUCACGAGAAAGAUCUCGAUGUGAGCGCUGCCCUUCGUGCGUUUAAGGCUGAGCUUGACCCCAACGCAUCCCAUGAAGAAGCACCGCUGGUUUCUCUAGAUAAGAUGUUCCCAAGACUCGAACCGGAAGGAACAAAGCCAAAGAAGAAGCCUGCCACGAGUUUCUAUAUGCCCUUGGAAUACCAGGUUGACUACGCCGACAACGUCAAGUUUGGUGAGCUGAGCACGGCACAGCAACGAAUCGUGUUGUUCUUGCGUGCGAUGAUCCACAAACCGGACAUUGUCAUCCUUGACGAACCCUUCUCGGGCUUGACAGCCUCACAGCGCGAUAAGUGCUUACAGUUUAUCGACAAGGGAGAGGCCCUUCCCGGCUCGGCUCUUCCCCGUGGCAUCCAAUUACGACACCGCGGUCUAUCGGAGGACCAGGCCUUGGUUUUGAUCAGCCACGUGAAGGAGGAAAUCCCCGACAGUGUGCGAUAUUAUAUGCGCCUACCGUCGGAACUAGGCGAAGGCGCUGAACCUGUCGAUUUCCGUGCCGGCAUGCUCAAGAGUUCCAGUGUUUUGAGUGACCCCAAAGUUUGGGAUUUGGUGUGGUCCCCAGCUGAACGAUUCUCAGAAAAGAGCCAGAAGACUACCAUGAAUCGAAAGCCGGAGAAUAUCGCCAACGACGAUUACGAGAGGUUUGGAUAUUACACGAUAUAG